AUGGCGGAGGGCGGCGAGGCGGCGGAGGAGGAGGCGGCGGCGGCGGCGGUGGUGCAGAUCCGGCUGGGCGAGCGCUGCUUCCCGGUGGGCAGGAGGCAGCUGCGGGAGCAGAGCGACUACUUCGGCGCGCUCUUCCGCUCGGGGAUGCGCGAGGCGGCGGCGGAGGUGCAGGAGCUGCGCGGGGGGCUGCGCGCGCGCGGCCUGGAGCUGGUGCUGGACUUCAUCCGCACGUCCCGCCUGGCCGGCCUGGAGCGCGAGGGCGAGGGCGAGGGCGAGGCGCUGGAGGCGCUGGUGGAGGCCGCCUGCUACCUGCAGGUGACCCCGCUGCUGCGCCGGCUGCCCGCGGAGGUGGCGCUGCCCAACUGCCUGCAGCUGCACCAGCUGGCGCAGGUCUACGGGCUGGCGGAGCUGCAGGCCGCCUGCGUGGCCUUCAUGGCGGCGCGCUUCCACGCGGUGCUCCGCAGGCCCGAGGCCCGGCGCCUGCUGCCCGGCGCCCUGAGGCAGCAGCUGCGGGAAAGGCGCGCGGGAGGCGCGGCCGCCCUGCUGGCGCUGGGCCCCUUCGCCGGAGCCGGGCCCCAGGAAGGCGGCGCGCCCGGCUCCAUGCGCAGGUACGACGAGGCGGCCGGCCGCUGGCUCCCGCUGCCCGGCCGCCCGCCUCCGGAGCUGGCCAACGUGCGCGGCUACGGCGCGGCCGUGCUGGACAACUACCUGUUCCUGGUGGGCGGCCACCGGCUGGGCAGCCAGGAGAUCUCGGCCGCGCACUGCUACAACCCCUGCCUGAACGAGUGGAGCGCCGUGGCCUCGAUGAACCAGAAAAGGUAACGCCCGAGAUGCUCCCAGGAACUUCUUGCUUUUUCAGUUUGGAAUAAAUGGAAGCAUUUCCAGUGUGAGGUGUGGAAAAGCCAAGCUGGUUUGAAUAGCAAACUGGUUAAGUGUGGUCUUGAGAUCAGGUUUGCAGAAGACACAAAAUUGGAGAGACAACUAGCGCCUCAGAAGACAGGAAUGCAGUUCUUAAAGGAAUGGAAACCUAGGCCAACAAACUCAAAUUCAGCAGAGAUGCAUGCACAGACACAAUAACCACAUAUCUGUAGGAUGGUGGACACCCGACUUUGCAGGAUACACAUGGAAAUGUUCUUUGUUGUAGCAAAAAAAGAAAAAGAAAAACCUUGCAAUUUUAGGCUACAUAAAUAGAACCAGUUUCCAAGUAAUGAGAAGUAAUAGUUCCAACAUACUCUGCAGCAGUGGACCACAUCUGGAGUUCAGUAUCCAGUGCUGGGUACCACAUUUUAAAUCAGACACAUUAGGUUGGGUUUAGAGGAUGGCAUUAAAGACAAUGGCCUAGUAUGGAAGCUUGUUUAACCUAAAGACUGAGGUGGGGUGGGGGACAUGACAGCACUCUUCUUUUUUUUUUUAAAUGAUAUUUAUUGAGAAUUUUAAAGUCACAAAGAAAAAAGAAGGAAAAAACAAGAAAAAGAGAAAAAGAAAGAAAAAAGUAGAUAAAAGUAACAAUUAAACAAUACAAAUCAAUAAAAACCAAAAUCAAAAAGAAAAAACAAAACACACAAUGCAACACAAAAAACAAAAAUAUACAACAAAUUUUAAAAAAAUCCAAUAUUCCCAAAUCCUUAACUUUCAUUAACUUAUUUCAUCGACCUCCUCACACCUCCCUUUUUUGUAUUCUAGUUGUUAAUUAUUGCAGCAAAUCCUUUCCAUCUUUCACAAUAUUCUGUCAUUAAAUUACCUUAAUCUAUUUUAACCUUAUCUUACCAUAAAAAAACCCUAAAACUUAAAACUUAAAUCUUAUUUAUACCGAAUUCUUUUAACCAUAACAUAUUCUUACAUAAUUCUUUUUAACAUUUCUGCUAAAGCCAAAUAAUUUCAUUCCAACAUUUUUCUGAUACUCAUUAAUUUUACUAUACUUUUCUAAAUAAAUUUUUAAAACUUUCUUCCAAUCUUCAUCCAUCGUCUCUUCUCCUGGUCUCGGGUUUUGUCAGUCCUUUCUAUCCCAUCCAUCUAGUCCAUCAACCUGGUGACCUUAUGUCCGAGGCUCUUAAGUCCCUUCCAUGUCCCUUCCGCAGGUCUUCUUCAUGUUUAUACCUGUACUUUACUUUGUCUUCUGCUCCUUUCACUCUGGGAGACUCCAACUUGACAAUAUUUUUGUCCCUUCUCGACAAGUCAGCCCCUUUUCCAUAGUCAACACUGAAAUCCAUGUGGUAUUUAAAGACAUGUUUCAAGGACCCUCCAAAAUUAGGGGCCCCCACAACUCCAAGCUCCCCCCGGCCUAAAGCGAGACUUGAAAAGUCAAAAAAUCUCUGCAUAGGGGGGUCCAUCCAGCCCCCCAUCUCCAAACCAAGCAGAACUCCAUCUCUCCAAAUCUGACUUUUUCCAGGUUCAUUCAUCAAAUCCAACGACUCAUGUUCCUGCUGGGCCACAGCUCCCUCCAUCUCUGCCACCCGAGGUCCAGCAACAGCCUCCUCCCUCAUCUCAUCUGUCAAAGCACAUUCCUGGAUUAAUUCCUGAGUGGGUUCUAUAUAGGUACCCACUGCCUGUCCAAAAUUUCCUAUCGCAACUGUCAUCAAAUCCAUUUUCUCAUGUAACUGUUCCAAUAAAGCACUUGUCUUGCAAAAGGCAAGCACCAGAGCCUCUGAGCACAUUCUUGUUCAAGGUCGAAGUCUGGUCCCACGAUCUUUAAUCUUUUACAGCUGCAAAACUCCCCAGUUCGACUUUAAUAACAGUUUCACAAGCUCCCUCUAGGGGAAACAAUUUCUAUUUGUAUCCAUCUUUUUUUUCUUUUCUUUUUUUAAAGGCAGAUUUAGCAACAAAGUUUUCCUUUUUCGGAUAUUUUGUCGAUAUUUUGUUCCUUUUAAAAGCGAAAGGGAACAAUGGAAUCAAUAUGUUUCUGUUCUUUUAACUAUCUGUCAAAAACGUUUGUCCAUAGUCAAUGAGCUUCUCCAAAACGUCUGUCUUGACACCCCGCUCCCAGGUUCAAGACGGUGGAAAAUUACCUUUCUUUACUCUCUCUUCUGCAGGUUCAAACAGUCUAAAAUAGGUUCCCCCCUCUUCUCCUGCUUCCAAGGGGGGUUCAGUAAUUUUAAAUGAUGAAAAUUUAGUCCUUUACAAACAACUUUCUGAACUCUAGCUUGCCGUGUCUUUGCUUCAAUCUAUCUACAAAAGCGGAAGGCGGACUUCCUGUUUAGACCUUCCCACUUUCGGUGCCUAAUUAAGAAAUUUCACAGUCCAAUUUGCCCUUCUACUCACGGGCAGUUGUUUGAAAUCCAAUUGUCCACAGGAAGAAGUCAGCGCUCUCCGGCAACAGCAAUGCAGCUUCACUCCGUGAAAGAAGCAGUCGAUUCAAAGCACCGCGCCACUCACCCCACGUCGCUCCGGAACCCCAAAACAGGGUUUCCCCACGAGUAGAGGGGGCGCAAAGGUGCCAGCCGAAUCCCACGUCCACAGGCUUCUCCCGCCUGUGGUUUUUGAUGGGUCUCCGCCUAGCACUCUUCAGACACCUGAAGGGUUGUCUGUUGGAACAAUUGUGCAACAGAAGCCAUUGCUGUGGUUGUUCAAGCAGAGGCUAGAGCUCUGGCUCUGGAUUUCCUGUAUCCCAUCCAGCUCUGAUUCUAAUCAAACUGUCAACUUCCUGGGCGGUUUAGUGGGGGCAGCAGGCUGUGUGCAGCGACACCUUUGGAACUUCUCAUGUGUCUGGACAACCUAAUCUCAGAAAACACAUUUCAGCCACUGUGGAGGGACAGGAGCAAAUUAGAGACAUGUUACUCAAGCCAGCUGCUGGGAAGAGGAAAUAAUUAGGAUCCUGUCCCAGGUGAAGCAAAUAAUUACUAAAUUGUCAUUUUCAGUCUUAAGUUGUGUAUAUUUAGAAUAACAGCCAUAGAAAGGCGAUUUCUGCUCAGUUGCAUCCUUUGCGUUCUUGGCAGUAGAGCUUGAGUGGUGUAUUGCUUUGUCUUUGGUUUAUGGUCGAUGAGAGUAGCCUGCAAGAUUUCGGCCCAUGACAUACAGGGCUUUUUGUAUUCACUGCAUUUAAGAUUUACACUUGCUAUGGGAAGCUUCUCACAAGCCUUAGAUCAGGAUGGUAAACCUUGGGGCCCCUCUGUCUGGCCCUUGGGAUUAUGCCUAGCCUUGCUGCCAGCCCUGACCCACAUCCUUUCCAAGUGUUUUUUGUCUCUCUGGGCUGCAUCCUUGAAUUGUAGCCUUUGCUCUGCCCACUUUUGUCUCUGGUCCCACCCAUUACUUGCAUGCAGCCUCUGGAAGGUUGCCCUUGUGGGAAUAUGGCACUUGGGCUGGAUAAAAGUCUUUCUUGCCCUUGUCUUGGAGGAAGGGUGUGUGCCAUUUGUCUCUCACAUAGGGGAAUUGUUUCCUGUGUCUCUUUGGUGCUCCAAAUAUAUUAGAGUGCAACCAAUGUGAAGGGUUCUUUUACCCAUUCUUAUUGUUGGUCCACUUCUAGUGGUUUGAUAAGGGACAAAUUCAUUAAGCCUAAAGAUUUGCGAAACUGGUGGCUCACCUUGCCUUCCAUUGGUUUUACUCUACUGAACAGAGGAAUGCUGCUUCCAUCAUGCCCUGAUUGUGGACCUCCACUGCCGGGCUCCAGCUGUAGCCUCUGAAGACCUCCAUUGGUGAGAAAGGCAGGUGGAAAACGGCAAAUACUACAUUUUUAAUUUCCCCAACAGAAAUAAGCCUCUCACCUUACAGAACCUACGAGCUGCACAUCUGCAUGUCAUGUCUCCCACCUGCAAACUAUUCUUUAAAAAAAAAAAAUCUCCUUUGACUGUGGUUUUUCUAUUAGCCUCAUAUUAUUCUAGUCUAAAUCUCUUGAAUUUAAACAAAACAAGGCAGGUUUGCUGGUGCCCAUUUGAAGUCACGGCUGUUUGCUCACAUUUUGUAACAUGGCUAGCUCAGAUGCUUUCAGCAGGGAAAUUGUAUUGGUGGGUGGAAAUGUACAGGGUGACCUAAUUGCAAAUGUCAGCAAAGUCAGGCUUCAAAACUAUUGACCCUUUUCUCUCCAUGCGACACCCACCCACCCAACAAGCUGCAAAUAUGCAUCCUGCUUUUCAGAGUCACAUUGCUGCUGAAAGAACAAAUAUUCUGUAUGGAAUGAAAGUCACUUUUUAUAAAACUCUUGCUUACAUUUGAACCGCCUUCAGUGAUUGAUAACUCAGAUAAUUAACAGUAUGUGGAGAGAGUCUGAAACUGUGCUCUCCCCCCUCACAUCCCUUACCAGCCCUGCCCUCACACACUAGAGUGGUUGUGGGGGGGGGGGGAGAGAGAUGACCAUUUUUGGUUCCAGAGGCCAACACUGCUCCAGUUCCCAGCAGGGAUGAACUAUACAUGGAAAGUAGCAGCAAUUGGAGCAUCUCCCACAUAACUUUGGGCUUCCAAAGUUAUCUCUGGUAUGUGAGGAAACCAGGCUGAAACAGAUGCUGUGACACUGAACUGAUUUUUUGGGUCCUUUUCAUUGGAAUUUGAUUUUCACUACUUUCUGUUCUCCCUGCCAAUGGCAGCCCUGCCCUGGACGACAAUCGCCACCCUUCUCCAGUCACAUUAAUGUGAGAUUACCCCCCAAAAAAUCCCAUUUUGGAAGAAUAUGGAAGCUAUACAGCAGUUGAGUGUAGGUGUUGCCCUGUUAACAUUUCACCCCAUUUCACCAGGCCUACAAUUUCUUUCUUCUUCCCUUUGCUUCAGAAAUUCCUGGGGAAAUGCCCUGUUUGUUUGUAUCAUGAUCCCUUGCUUGCCUUGGCUUAUUCUAAGCUUUAGCUUUUUUGAUACUGUCCCCCCACCAACAAGCCUGCUCUCAGUGAAUUGUCCUCUUUCAUUUAUUACAGAAGUCCAUUUUAUUUUCAACUCCUCGCUAUGCCUUUUUGCAGCCCCGUCAGCUUUUCCUUGUAAGCACAUCCAGCCAAGGGUUCCUGCCUAGUAAUUCUAAACUCUGUGAGGUACACAUCUGACUAUGCUUUGGCUUUCCAUAAGAUCAUAUAUUCCAGCCUUACAUGGUCACAUCCUCCCCAUGGUCACAUCCUGCCCCAUUAAAGAACUGUCUUACUGGUUAAGAUCAACUCAUGAUCCCCUUGUUCCUUCUGAAAGAGGAAGUUGUCAGGACUGUUAGGGAUCCCAUGCUUAGAACUGAUGGUAGGGUAAAGGUUCCCUAGGACUGCUCAUCUUUCCUUCCCUGAAACAGCUCUCAUUUCUUUCAGGAAGAUAGCACCCACCUCUUCUCCUUGAGAUGGUGGCCUAUAGUAGACUUCAAUCACAACGUGUGUCGUGUUUUUAAUAUAUGUUGUGAACUGUUCUGAGAUCUAUGGGCAGUAUACAAAUUUAAUAAGUAAACAAAAUAAAUAGUUUAUCUCCACUACCAGUAAUUUUUAUCUGGCUGCUCUCCACAAGGCUAUGGGGUUUGUUCCCACUUGGAUUUCUAUGCAGGUGUACACUGCUUCUUUUGGAAUGUAAUUCCUAAUAAACUUCUUGUUUCUUAACAAAGGUUAUUUUCAACAUUUUUUUCCAUUUCAUUAUAUAUCAUCUCCCAGAAAGCUUUUAUUACCUUACAAGUCCACCACAAAUGAUAAAAGUUACCUUCUUUUUCUUUACAUUUCCAGCAGGUAUUUGUACUUGUUUUAUACAUUUUUGCCAGCUUAGUAGAGGUCAAAUACCACCGGUACAUCAUUUUCAUAUAAUUUUCUUUCAGUGUACAGCAUGCUAUAAAUUUCUAGUCUGUUUUCCAUAGCAUUUCCCAUCUGCCAUCUGGAUGUUAUGUCCCAAAUCUAUAAUGUCAAUUAUAUUUCUUAUAUUAUCCUCCAUCUGGUGGCUUGGCAAGAAACCUGCCUGAUGUUGAUGGAUUAAAUCGACUAAAAAACCUUUCAUUCGGUUGGCUAGUAUGUUGGCAAAUAGUUUAUCAUCGUUUAAUAGCCUGUAAUUUUAAACUAAAAGUGGGUCGGUAUCCUGCUUCAGAAUCAGUGUAAUGUAGGCCUCUUUCCAGGACUCUGGAUACCUCCCCAGUCCCUAAUAUCUCAUUCAUUAAUUCUUUAAGUGGUUGUACCAGAAAGUCCUGAAGUUUUUAUUACUUUGCUGAUAGUCCAUCUGGCCCUGGCGUUUUACCUAUUUUAGCUUGUUUAAUUUCCUCUAGGGAUGUGGGUGGUGCUGUGGUCUAAACCACUGAGCCUAGGGCUUGCCGAUCAGGUUGGCAGUUUGAAUCCACGCAACGGGGUGAGCUCCUAUUGCUCGGUCCCAGCUCCUGCCAACCUAGCAGUUCACAAGCACGUCAAAAUAUAAUUCAAUGAUUUAACUCUCCAACUGUUUUAUCUGUAGGUCUAAUUUCAAGUUGUUGGCUGUUAGUGGGAAGUUGUAUGCCAUUGGUGGGCAAUUUCUCUCCAAUGUUGAGUGUUACAGCCCAGAGCAUGACUGGUGGAACUUUGCAGCAUCUUUACCAACCCCUCUUGCAGAAUUCUCAGCGUGCGAGUGCCAGGGCAAGAUCUACGUCAUGGGAGGCUACACUACAAGAGGUAAGACAAGUACUAGAAAAGAAUAGUGUUAUUUUAACACUUGUAUGCUCUUUGGCAUGUUCAAUACAGUCAUACCUCGGGUUACAAACGCUGCGGGUUGCGCGUCUUCGGGUUGCGAACUGCGCAGAAUUGGGAAGUACCGGGACGGGUUACUUCCGGGUUUCAGCGCAUGCGCAGAAGCACAAAAUGAUGUCAUGCACGUGCGCAGACGCAGCACUUCAGGUUGCGAAAGCUGCGGGUUGCAAACGUGCCUCUCACAUGUAUCACGUUCACAACCCGAGGUAUGACUGUAUUCAGUUUGAUAAGCAGUGUGUUUUAAUAGCAAUGUUUGUGGUUGGUUUUAAAUACAGUGGUACCUUAGGUUAAGUACUUAAUUCGUUCCGGAGGUCCGUACUUAACCUGAAACUGUUCUUAACCUGAAGCACCACUUUAGCUAAUGGGGCCUCCUGCUGCCGCGCCGCCGGAGCACGAUUUCUGUUCUCGUCCUGAAGCAAAGUUCUUAACCUGAAGCACUAUUUCUGGGUUAGCAGAGUCUGUCACCUGAAGCGUAUGUAACCUGAAGCGUAUGUAACCCGAGGUACUACUGUACCUUAUUUUAGUAUUACAAUAUAAGUCAAACAGCUGUUACUUAAGCGAUAAACACACACUGAAAGGUUGUAAAACAACAACAACCCUUUCUUUUCACCAUCUUGAGUGUGACUUUGACAGGACAUUUAAGAAAAAUUGCAAGAGAAUUAGUGUUGACUGAUAUUAAGCGUGUGGUGUAUUGUGAGGUUGAAAACCUGUUGAUCUUUUUUUUUCUUUAAACAUUGUAUUGAUAUUAUGAAGUGAGUUUCUGAAAAGGACUUGAUCUCUUGUCUUCUGAAGCCUUCAGACUGUUUGACUUGCUUAUGAAAGGUACAAGGGUGGCAACGGGAUUUUCUGAGACCAGUACACUGAAUAUGUGAUUGGGCCCGUCAACUCACAUGGAAAAGAUGACAUGAAUUUACAUAAAACCAUAGAGUUGGAAGGAACCCCAAGGGUCAUCCAGUGCAAUGCAGGAAUCUCAGCUAAAGCAUCCAUGACAGAUGGCCCUCCAACCUCUGCUUAAAAACCUCUAAGGAAGGAGAGUCCACAACCUCCCAAGGGAGACCAUUCUACCUGUCAAAUAACUCUUACUGUCAGAAAGUUUUUUCCGAAUGCUUAGUAGGAACCUCAUUUCUAAUAACUUGAAGCCUUGAGUUCUACUCUGCAGAGCAGGAGAAAACAAUCAUGCUCCCUCUUCCAUGUAGCAGCCCUUUAGAUGUCUGAAGAUGGCUAUCAUAUCUCCUCUCAGUCUCCUCUUUUCCAGGCUAAACAUACAUAGCUCCUUCAAGCGCUUUUUGUCAUAUGCUGUGGAGGGCCCAAAAAUAAAUCAGUGGCCACAUAUGUAAUAAAAUGUCUGACAGACAGAAUGUGAACAGGUGAAAUAUUUCCCAUAAUUAACCUGGAUUUAUGCCUGCUACACAGCUGUUAAAGGCAGAAGAACCCUGCUUUCCGCCAAUGCCUGUCCAAGCCUAGAUUGCAGUCUUUUAUCACUUACCUGGGAGAAAGUCCCAUUAAAUACAAAGAGACUUACUUCUGAGUAGACAUAUAUCCCAUUGUACUGUAAAUUAACUCUACAGUGGAUUCAUAAUGAGAACCUGGUCUCAGGAGACACAUCUAAGCCUCUUUGCAAAGUUUUCACAUUUUGCACAGUAAUUUUGGUUGGGUGGGUUGAAUUCUUUAACGUCCACUCACACUUGUGUGGUGUGCUUGUGUAUUUGCAUAGUAUAAAUUCUAGGGAGUACCUGAUAUCAGAUGAACCCACUGCAGGAAAGACGCAUCCUGGUUGCUAGGGCAAAAGGAAGACAAAACUACGGAUAUUGUAGGGAGUAGAAAAUGAGAGAGAAGCAGGAAAAGUGUGCAGCAAUAGCCUACUUUGCAGAGAACAGUAAUCAAGCUUUCUCCACAUUUUUGAAAAAGAAAACUGACCUGAAAUCACACCUUUUAACCACCAGGUGUUGUAGGCCCCAGUGUACAAAUAAGUUGCAUUUAAGUUUUCUGUAUUUAAUAUCUUCUCUGUUGCAGACCGGAACUUGAACAUCUUGCAGUACUGUCCCAGCUCUGACAACUGGACAACCUUUGAAUCGUGUGACAUCCAUAUCCGCAAGCAGCAGAUGCUGUCAGUGGAGGAAACUAUCUAUAUUGUUGGAGGCUGCAUCCACGAACUGGGAUCAAACAAAAAAUCUAGCCAAAAUGAGGACAUGUUAACAGUACAGUCUUAUAACACUGCCACCAGAGAAUGGCUCUACCUCAAAGAAAACAUGUCAAAAUCUGGACUUAAUUUGACUUGUACACUACACAACGAUGGGAUCUAUAUACUGACCAGAGAUGUAUCAUUGUCAACAAGCUUGGAGCACAGAGUUUUUCUAAAGUACAAUAUAUUUUCAGACAGUUGGGAAUCUGUUAGACACUUCCCAACCUUUGGACAAAACAUGUUGGUUUGUUCUAUGUAUUUGCCAAAUCUGAUGUGA